AUGGCGAUCUCAGCUCUCGACUCGAGGCUAUUUCGUAACCUUUUCGGUACAUCAGAGAUCCGAGAUGUCUUCUCUGACACUGCUUACACGCAGCGCAUGAUCGAUGUGGAAGCCGCUCUGGCACGAGCGGAAUCUGCUGUUGGCGUGAUACCUCCUAAAGCUGGCGAUAUCAUCACCAAGGCGUUGAAGACGGUCAAGAUUGACUAUGAGCGGCUGGAGGCCGAGACCGAGAUCGUCGGCUAUCCUGUCUUGCCACUGUUGAGGCAGCUCACUGCACAAGCGGCGAAGUUUCCUGAGGGGAUUCCUUUCAACGACGAUGAACUGGCCGCCCGCGCGGAAGCAGCCAAGUACAUCCACUGGGGUGCCACUACCCAAGACAUCCAAGACUGUGCAUCCAUACUGCAAAUCAAGUCUGGUCUGACGAUUGUUCGCCGCUACCUAGAUGAGCUCUCAUCCACCCUCACUUCCCUCUCCAAACAACACCGCAACACACCCAUGGCAGGCCGCACCCACCUCCAGCACGCCCUUCCUGUAACAUUCGGCUACAAAUGCGCCGUUUAUCUCUCCUCCAUCCAACGGCACCUCCAACGACUCAAUGAGCUCGAACCGCGCUGUCUGCUGGUGCAAUUCGGCGGCGCAGCCGGAACGCUGGCCUCGCUUGGCACUACCUCAGCGGGCCUCCAGGUCCGCGCCCAACUCGCCCGCGAACUCAAUCUCUAUGACCCAUCCAUAACCUGGCACACAACCAGGGACACCAUCGCCGAGAUCUUGAACUUCCUCGCCCUGCUCUCCGAGGUCGCCGAGCCCUUCGUCCCGCACCGCGGCGCAAGCUCCACUAUGCCACAGAAACGCAAUCCCAUCAGCAGCGAGGUCAUUUUGGCAGCAAGCAAAGUGCUGCGCGCGAACGCCGGUUUAGGCCUCGAUGCCAUGGUCGUCGACUUCGAGCGCGCCAGCGGGCCCUGGCAUUUAGAAUGGGUUGCCGUGCCGGACAGUUUCGUGCUGUGUGUAGGCAGCCUACACCAGACGUGUUUUGUGCUAAGGGGGCUGGUGGUGAAUGAGGAGGCGAUGUUGGGCAAUUUGUUGAGCACGAAGGGGUUGAUCGUGGGAGAGGCGGUGAUGCUGGAGCUGGGGAGGGAGGUCGGUAGGCAAAAGGGGCAUGAUAUUGUGUACAAGGCAUGCAAAGAGGCGAUAGAGCAGAAAACGACGUUGUUGGAGGUGUUGAGGGAGGAUGAGGAGGUGAGCUCGAGGAUCGGCCAAAAGAAGUUGGCUGAGUUGUGUGAUCCGAGGAACUACUUGGGUGCCAGUGGGUUGAUGGUUGAUCGAGUCAUUGGUGGUGUUCAAUAG